CGUAAUUAUGCAAGGAGGGAAAUAAUGUUUCAAAAUAGUAUCCAAAUGAAACGAAAAAAGUCAUCACAAAUGUACGCACUUUGCAACACUGUUAAAGCGCUUGUUUUGUAUUUGCAAAGUUUAACUGUUGAAUGUUGUAAUCAUGCAAAGAUGUCUUUACAACUUAAACUCAGACCGCAGCCUGUCCCCAAAGGCGCUGUGCACCAAAAUAGCCGUUGCAACGUCAACGCCGACCCCAAUAAGGAAGCGCCUCCGACUUGUCCAGAUUACAAACCUAAGGACCACGUGCGGCCUACUGGACAGACCGAAUCUGCUACCGUUGAUCACACCAUUUAGUCUGUUCGAUGGAUACUAUGCGACCAACAAAAUACAGUCAGACAAUUGGAAUACGUUGAAGUUGCUUGAGUAUCUACAGAUAGCCAAAGAGAUGUACCAGCUGUCGGACUGCGAUGCGCUGCAACUGCUAGGAUUCUUUAAAAACAAUUUGACUGAAGCAUGUCGCCAUCUAUAUCUCAAUAGCAAUCAGUCCAUUAUGCUUUUGGACUUCGAUUCCCCCUGGCGACUGAGCGCGAAAUCCAUUAGCGAGCUGCCCACCGUGGAACAGUUUACGACCCACACGUUCUUCAAGAACUUCCAUCAGCUGUUCAUCGUGAACUCGAAUAUAUUGACCAACGUAUUGCCACAGCAGCCAUUAGCCGAGCAAUUCUCAGGUCGCUAUCUGCGCAUACAGCGCACCUUUCAUCGCGGUCAGGUCAUCUGGGUGGGCUGCGUGCUGCCCACUCAAGAGGCACCCAUUGAGGUUGCCGCGCUGCUGUUGCCCUCGUCGGAGCAAACUGAAUUGAAAUGCUGUACCCAGCUCAUGGACGAGUUGGAGCAAUAUUUGGCUCCCCUUGUACUGGCCAGCAAAUCUUGGACCGCCCUUGAACAAAAGCCCAAGAAGCACAACGUUGUCAUGGAAGUACUCACCACACUGACAACCUCCAUGGAUGAGCUCUUCAAACAUACAAUUCCAAGAGAUGCCGUUAGUGCUAUGCUAACAUCUUAUGAAAUCCUUUACUGA